ACGGGAACGCUAUGCGGAUUUUUUGAAGAAAUCGCUCCUUAUACCGGAGCCUCCUUUAUGUUUUGGGCAGCAAUUAAUUCGACAGAGCGACGGAGUUAGUUUUCGUUGAAAAUGGAAGAUUAAAUGCAAACCGGUACAUAACGGAAUGUACAAAUACCACUAAGAUCAGUGCACCCUGUUCCACAAAACGUCAUGGAACUAAAGGGAGUCAUUGCCGAAGAGUGGGAACGUAUUCCUCAAAACGUUAUGAAUACAUCGUACAAAGCAUGCCCAGAAGAAUUCAAGCUGUGAUUUUGGCAAGAGAACUUUAGGUUUUUACAUUUGUAACUUUAUUUAAUUUAAAAACAAUCAUUCUUCUUGACUCUAUUGCCGACAUAUACAUCAUAAAUAAAUUAAAGAAAAAAUUGCCAAUAUUCACUUCACGCGUAUUAAUUUACGAUUAUUAGUAUACAGACUACGUCAAACAAAUAAUUAUAUCAUUUAAUUAACGGAAAUCGAAGUUAGAACGUAAAUUUCCGUAAAUGAUUUUUUUGCUAAAGAGUUUUUAAAUAUACGUAGGCAUAUUUAACUUAAAAAUGUACAGUAUGCACAUUAACGCAUUCCUUUCCCGUUUUACAUACUUCAAUAAAUAUAAACAUCAUCGUUUAAUGAAGAACCGGAUGAAUUGUCGUAAAGAUCGUUAUCGUAGGCUCGUUGUCGCCUAAUCACCACACAAAGGGAGGGAGCAUUCCCAGAAUUAUUUAAUAUGAAGAUUGCCCUCAGUCCGUCUCUACCCGUUGACCUGCCACUGCCCAAAUAGUUACUUUCACAGGAUCGAAAUUUAAAACUAUUACUGGAGAUUUCUUCCUGAUACAUUACGUGUGUUUUCGGUGAGACAUGAAGUACUUAAUUAUACUAUUAGCAUGUGCUGGUGUUGUAUUAGGAGCAACAAUGUCCGAUGGUCAACUUGAAAGGACGUUAGCCGAUAAACCAACUAUGCAGAGACAUAUCCGAUGUGCUCUUGGAGAAGGUCCAUGUGAUACCGUCGGAAUACGACUGCGAACAUUGGCACCAUUGGUGUUGCGAGGAGCGUGUCCGCAAUGUACAAUUCAAGAAACGAGACAAAUUCGUCGCACCUUGGCUUUUGUUCAGAGAAACUUUCCUUGGGAGUGGGCAAAGAUUGCCGCACAUGUACUCGUGUUAUGUGCAUUAGUAGCUAUUUGCGUCGCCGAAACACAACGGCCGCCAGUCUCAGAUACAGCACUAGAUGACGCUCUCAAUGAUAAGCGUUUCAUACAACGACAGCUGAAAUGUGCGCUUGGUGAAGCGCCCUGUGAUCCAAUUGGGAAGAGACUAAAGACAUUGGCACCAUUGGUCCUGCGAGGAGCAUGUCCUCAGUGCUCGCCGCAAGAAACAAAACAAAUACAACGCACGCUUUCGUAUGUUCAAAGAAACUUCCCACAACAAUGGGCUAAAAUUGUACGUCAGUAUUCUGGCUAAAGCUAGAAUUAGCUAACGAUAAGGAAAUACUUUUAUUUAUACUAUUAAUUAUGAAAGUACAUUAUGACUAUGACUUAUGAGACGAACGACAAAAAUAAAGACGCAGCCUUUUUAAAAAAAGCGCGGGAAAUUGUUUAUAGAAGUAUCAUUAAUAAUAAUCAAAUUUUUUGCAAAAUAUCGUAUUAUAUAUACGUACGUAAUGUAUAAGUACUUAUUACAAUAUUACCUACUCUAGAAUAAGAACUAGCAUUAGCAUAGUUUAGUUCUUAUUCUAAGUUACCUACUUAUUAAAUUUAAGUUCACAGUUUAAA